GGAAAGUCACAUGUACACGGGGACACAGGAAAUCGGCGUUUUGGGUUAAAGCCAUGACUUGACUUUUGAAUAUAGAUGAGCCGUCUUUAUGUUUGUCCAUAUAUACCAGCCACAUUCAUACCAUAUCAUGCCAUGUACGUAGCAGCCUGUCAGAUAUUACCUAGAAAUGGAAUAUACCCGAACAAACCUUCAUCUCCCAACGAGUGCAACUAGAUCAUACACCUUCGAGAAAGAAAGAAUCGCAAAACCACUUACUCCUUCCCCAACAACUCCCGUACCUUAUUUACUUUAUCCUCAAACGACUGCUCCUUAUCGGUCCUGUACCACCCGAGAUCAGCCCUCGUCACCACAAACAACGCACGACCUGCCAAAGAGGGGUGGAAGGCGCACACAGCACCCCAACGCCCCACAAAUCAAACCCCAAAGACCAGAGGGGAAAAAAAAAAAGGAACCAACCUCGACCCAACUCUCACAUCCGUCUGGAUGCGCACAAUCCCCUGCUGAUGCAGAACCGUAUGUGCCUGUCCAAUAACCUGAUGAACUUUGUCCCAGGGCCCCUCUAAACAUGCCACACAGAGACACACAACCGUCAGCUUCGCAAUCGGACCAAUACCAGAAGGACAAACAACACAUCAUGGGCUCAGGGGUUGUGGGACUCAAUCAUUUCAUCGCAUUUCAUACCGAGGGUUGUGCCAGCGCUG